AUGGAAAAGCUUUUGCAGAUAGGGAAAGAAUUCGGAUUGGAGGGAGAAAAACUGCUCGAGUUUGUGCGGGAGCAACAAAAGUUAGAAGAAGAAAGAAGGAGGAAGGAGGAAGAGAAAGAAGAAAAACGUAGGCAGAUAGAAGAAGAAAAGGAAGAGAGACAUCGAUUACUUGAGGAAGACAGGAGAAAGGAAGAAGAAGAGAAAGAGGAAAGACGUAGAAGAGAAGACGAAGAAAGAGAAACUAGGCGGCAAGAACGCGAACUGAGAAAAUUAGAGCUGGAAGCAGACCUGUUGAAACAGAGAGAAGCUAUUGAAACCGCUAAGAGAGAGCAUGAACUAGAGCUCGCUCGUCUAGCACAAGGCCGUAACGAUACCGAACGUGCUGAAGUGAGAGAGGAUAGGGCCAAGGCACCCAAGCUUCCCUCAUUUGUUGAUGGCAAGGACGACUUGGAUGCUUACCUACAACGGUUUGAGAGAUUCGCAGCUACAGCUACAGGAUGGGCUUCGAAACUUAGUGCUCUUUUGUCUGGACGUGCCAUAGAGGUUUAUUCGCGAUUAUCUGAGGAAGCAGCCCAAGAUUAUGAACGAGUGAAGUUAGCUUUGAUGAAGAGAUAUGACCUUACAGAGGACGGCUAUCGUCGUAAAUUUAGAGUAUCAAAGCCGGAAGUUGACGAGAGUCCUGAACAGUUCAUAGUGAGACUGGAUAGAUACUUGUUACGUUGGUUAGAACUUUCGCACACUGAACGAUCUUUUGAAGGUCUGAAAGAUUUAAUUGUGAAAGAACAGUUAUUGACUCUUGUCCAAAAGAGUUAG